AUGGAGGCUUAUUUGAACUGGAAUAAGCGCUGUGAAGUAAUUCUACGUGUUGCUAAUGCACUUAAUUACUUUCACAAUCACGCUCCCAUUCGGGUCAUACAUGCUGAUGUCAGACCUCAGAACCUUCUUUUCAAUGAAAGUUUGGACCACAGACUAUCAUAUCUCGGGUCUGCAAGACAUUUAGCAAUCAACAAGACUGAUUAUGUUAUUGUGGAUACAGUUUACGUCACCACGGGUAAUAAAGACUUUUAUUACCAAGAUAAGAAACAAAGCACAGGAAAGGAAACUGCACAGGGGACAAAAAUUGACAAAAGACAGGGAAGGGCAUGGGCAAAUUGGUUGGAAGGGACCUGUUUGAAUAUAAAUGAUCCUACAAUUGAUGUUGAUUCAAGUUUGAUAUCUAGAUUCAUCAACAUCGGGUUGCUGUGUGUUCAGGCAAAUGCAGCUGACAGACCCACAAUGGAUGAAGUUGUUGGCAUGUUUGCUGCUCAGUCUAACACUCUCCCUCUUCCAAAAAAUCCAGUGUCCUCAUGGAUGAUAGAAGAGGACUCAGAUUAUGCAAAUGGUGUGUCUGAUGACUACGAUGUGGGGGCAGUUGAGGAGUUUGUAUCAGAGCUAAGCCCUCGAUAA